AUGACUACUUUAUCUUCUGAACAAGUUAUCCAAUACGAAAGAGAAUAUUCUGCUCACAAUUAUCAUCCUUUACCUGUCGUAUUCCAUAAAGCCAGAGGAGCACACGUAUGGGACCCCGAAGGUAAAGAAUAUUUGGAUUUUCUCUCUGCUUACUCGGCCGUCAACCAAGGCCAUUGCCAUCCAGAUAUUAUCAACGCUUUAAUCGAACAGUCAAAACUGUUGACUCUUUCCUCAAGAGCCUUCUCCAAUGACACAUUUGCGAAAUUCGCUAAAUAUAUCACCGAAUAUUUCCAAUAUGACAUGGUCUUGCCAAUGAAUACAGGUGCAGAAGCAGUAGAAACAGCUUUGAAAUUGGCUAGGCGUUGGGGAUACGAAGUCAAGGGGAUCCCCCAGGAUAAAGCUAUCAUUCUGGGUGCUCAAGGUAAUUUUCACGGCAGAACCUUUGGCGCUAUCUCCUUGUCUACCGACUUUGUCGACUCCAAGAAAAAUUUUGGUCCAUUCUUAAACAAUAUCUCUUCCUCUCUUCGUCAUCACUCUAACUCCACCAACCCUGAUUCUAACUUUGAUUCUAAGGAAAAUGUUGGGAAGUUAACUAUUAGAUACGGUGUCAUUGAAGAUUUGGAAUUGGCAUUUGAAAACCAUGCAGACAAUAUCGCCGCUAUCAUCUUGGAACCCAUCCAGGGGGAAGCAGGCAUCGUCGUCCCACCAAAAGAUUAUCUCUCAAAUGUAUCAAAGCUUUGCAAAAAAUAUAAUUCCCUGCUAAUUGUUGAUGAGAUUCAGACUGGCAUAGGUAGAACAGGUAAACUGCUUUGUUCUGAACACUUCAAUGUUAAGCCAGAUAUCUUAUUACUGGGUAAAGCUUUGUCCGGUGGUGUACUGCCUGUGUCCGCCGUUUUAUCCUCUCGUGAAAUCAUGCUAUGUUUUACACCAGGUUCUCAUGGCUCUACCUUCGGUGGUAAUCCAUUAGCUUCUAGCGUUGCCAUCGCCGCCUUGGAAGUCGUCAAGAAAGAAAAUCUAGUCCAGAGAGCCGAGGAGUUGGGUAUCAUUUUGAAAGACCAACUGCUCAGGUUACAAGAUAUCUCAGGUGGUUGCAUCUCCGAGGUCCGUGGGUUGGGCUUACUCACUGCAAUUGUCAUCGAUCCAAGUAAGUUCAAUGGCCAUACUGCAUGGGAGCUUUGUUUAAAGAUGAAGGAGCAUGGUGUCCUGGCUAAACCUACACACGAUCAUAUCAUUAGACUGGCACCACCCUUGGUCAUCUCAAAGGAAGAUUUGUUAAAAGGUGUUGAUGCUAUGGAAAGAGCAAUCAAUGAAUUGCGGGCAUAA